AAGUGAAUAUAUUAUUACUUGGAGAGACUGGUGUAGGAAAAUCUACAUUUAUAAAUGCACUCUAUAAUUAUCUUAGAUUUGACACUUUAGAUGAUGCGUUACUUGGGCAUAUGGAAAUACUAAUCCCAUCAAAAUUUACGAUAACAGAUGAGAAUUAUGAUCUUAGAACUAUAAAACUUGGUGAUGAUUCAAACGAAAAUUUAGAAAAUGUUGGAAUGUCAGCUACUCAAUCAUGUAGAGAAUAUCAAUUUAACUUGGGAGAUGUGAUUGUAAGAUUUAUUGAUAGUCCCGGAAUAGGAGACACAAGAGGUAUUGAUAAAGACAAGGAAAACUUUGAAAAUAUUCUUAAAUUUAUUAGCAAUUACGAAUAUCUGAAUGGGAUUUGUAUCCUUCUCAAACCAAAUAAUGCACGAUUGACUAUAUUAUUUAAAUUUUGUAUACAAGAACUAUUAUCUCAUUUACAUAAAAAUGCCAAAGAUAAUAUUGUUUUCUGUUUUACUAAUUGCAGAGGAACACUCUAUCGUCCAGGUGACACAUUACCUGCACUUAAAGAGCAACUCCAUAGACUUGAGCAAAGAUCUGGCGUUCAAAUAAAAACAAACAAAGAAACUAUGUACUGUUUUGACAAUGAAUCAUUUCGGUUUCUAGCUGCAUCUAAGAAUGGUGUAAACUUUGGUGAAAUGGAUAAAACAAGCUUUACAGAAAGUUGGAAAAGAUCUGUUGCUGAAUCUGUAAGUCUUCUUCACUAUCUUGGAUUCCGUGACCCUCAUAAAGUACAAGACACUUUAACACUCAAUGAAGCUAGAAAGAUAGUAUUACAUCUUGCUAAACCUCUUGCAAGCAUGGAACAGAAUAUUCAAACAAAUAUUAAACUCAUUAAAGAUCAACAAAAGGAGAUUGAUAGCUGCACUGAAUCUAUUAAAGAUCUUCAAACAAGAUUACUUAUCCCACAGCAAUUCCCUGAAACAAUAGAACUAGGAUAUCCUAGAACUAUAUGCACUCAAUGCAACCGCGAGGUAGUAAAUGGGCAAGUAAACUACAAAUCUCAUUGUCACAAGCAUUGUUAUUUGAAUGGAGUCGAGGUUGAAUUGCUUAAUAAUGUAAAAUUAUUGGAUUGUUGGGCUAUUCAAAAUGAUGGAACUUAUCGUGUAUGUGGUUGUAGAUAUGCAGUACAUAUGCAUAUAACUUAUGAUAUUGGUUUCAAAACUCAAUAUGUUGUUGAUAAGAGUGUGGAAAAACAGAUUAGUGAUAAAAAAUCGUUUCAAGAAGCCAAGAAAAAAAGUGAACAAAAGAAGAUAGCUGAAAUUAAUGUUUGCUUUGCGAAAUUUCUAAGACAAAGUGCAAUAGCCACAUUUAAUGAUUCAUAUGCUGAAUACCUAGAUCAUUUCAUACGUGAAGAAAAAAUCAAGAAAGCUGCAUGCCCUCAUGGUGGUAAUGAUGCAGUUAUCGAAGCACUUGAAAAUACGAAAAGAGAGUAUCUAGAAAAGAUUAAAAUUAUAAAAGAAGCAAUCGCAACUAAUGAUCCUUCUGAAUAUGUAAUCACUCCAGAAGAUAUAAAGAAAUAUGAAAAUGACUUGUAUAAUUUGAAAAUCAAUGGGGUAACCUUGAAAAAUAUGAAAUAUGUGGCAGAACGUAGUCAAGCUCGCGCAUUUAGACAAUAUCAAUCUAAGACUAAUAAUGUUUAUAGAAAUGCAUACAAAUCAGUAUCUAAACUUUUUAACCGAGUAUUUACAUUUAAACCAAAAGAUGAUAAUUAUGCCGAUUCAGAUUAUACUAAUAAUUAUGCCAUUGUGAAGUAUUCACAAAAUGAUGCCAAUAACGUUGAUAAUAGUGAUAUUGAUAAUGCCCUUGUUAAGUUGUCACUAGCAGAUGAUGAUUACAAUAAUUACAUAGAUCGUCAUUAUAAUCAUUAUACUAAUUCGAAUUAUACUGAUAAUUAUGCUAUUGUGAAAGUUCCAACACAAAUUAAGUCCAAAUAUUUAGCACUUGAUUAUUUCUCUUCGGAAUAA